UCCCGUAAUCACCAACCACCACCACCCCAUCCCGUCUCAUCACCAUAACCAUCAAAACCCAGUCAUCAUCGCCAAGAUCCAAAACCCCAACCCACCCAAAUCACAGACACAACCAAGAUCUGAAACCCCUCCAUAAACACCGAAAACCAACCUCAACCAAUUCGCAGCCAAACAAAACCUGAUCAAUUUUUAGGGUUCAAUUUUGAGGAUGAUUGGUGGCUAUAAAAAAGGGGAAAAAGAGUCGACGAUGACUUUGACGAGGGAAAAUAGGGCUGGUGACUCGAUCGACGGUGGUUUUUGGAGAAGAAAAAAGAAAGAGAAGCGACUUUUGGGUUAGGUGUGGUUGGUCGGAAAUUAUAUGGGAAUUUCAGGGCGGCAGUGAUGGAGUUGGAGUUCGAGGUUAUGGGUGGCCGACUGGGUGGGGCAUUUUGGCCUGAAGGUGGGCUGGGGUCGUGGCAGAAGAGAAGAGAGUGAGAAGUAGUUGUGGUUGUGGUGGUGAUGGUUGUUGUGGUGGUGGUUGUUAUGGAGGUGAGUGAACAGUUGGUGAUGAUGGCGGUGGAUAGGUUGUGAGGGAGGAGAGAGAUUAAGAUUAGGGAUUUUAUCAUAAAUGAAUUAAUUUAGUUUAAUAUAAUAAUAACAUAUAAUCUUAUUAAUUUAAUGGGUGUUAUUGAACUUAAGUAAGGGGAUAUUAGUCAUUUUACACAAAAAUAUUUAUUAUAAAUGGAAAUUUUUACUUUGUUGCACAUAAUGUGUAACUUCCAUUUUUAAAAAUUGUUGCACUAACGGAGUAAGUAGGUUAAUAGAUAGAUAGAUGCAUUGAAAAAAAAAAACAUUUAUCACAACAAAGCACUUGUAAUUAAAAAAAUAAAAUAAGAAUCGUCACAAAAAAGUCUUUUCCCUUAAAUCAGAAGCCGUGGAGGCUAAGUAUCGAAACAGCCCCUUACCUUUGGCCCCAUAAAUUCUCUCUCCUCUUUCCUAAUAUCCACAAUUACACAUCUUCGGGGGGGAAAAAAAAAACUCAAAACCCUCGCAUUGACUUGUUUAAAUAUUCAACCUUUUUGCAUUCAAUCACACCUAUUGCUACAGAUUACCCAAAUUUCAGUUAAUUUUGUUUAUUAAUUUAUCAAUGGAUGAUCGAACUUGGAACUUUUCCCUCUCUACUUCUUCUUCCAAGUACAAUCAGUCUUACUCUGAUAAUUUAUUGGAAUAUGAAGAAUUUGAUGGAGAUACUGAUGAAAUUGAGGUAGAUUAUCCGUGCCCCUUUUGCUCUGAGGAUUUCGAUAUUGUUGGAUUAUGCUGUCAUAUUGAAGAGGAGCAUUAUGAUGAAUCUAAACGAGGGGUUUGUCCCAUGUGUGGAACAAGCGUUGGAGCAGACCUGGUUGAGCACAUAGCUUUUCAGCAUGAAAACAUCUAUAAGAGCGGGAGCAAGACUAGACAUAGUCACGGUGAUUCUCAGUCUACUCUUGCUUUAUUAAGGAAGGAAAUGCUAGAGAGAAGUUUGAAAUGUCUUCUAGGGAGCUCUUCACCUGUAAUUUCUUCCUCUGAUGCAGCUGUUGAUCAAUUGCUCUCAUCAUUUGUCCGUAGCUAUUCAACAACUCCUGAGAUCGAAAGCAAGCCAUCAUGUUCUUCAGUUGAUGCACCUGUGAAAGAGGAAGUUGUGGAUGAGGAUACGCUAGAAAGGGGAAUGAAAAAAUUUGUUAUAUCCGAGGAGAAGCAUGAGGAGCAUGCACAAAAAUGCAAGUUUAUGCAGUCGCUUGUAUUUUCUACUAUCCUUGAUGAUGACUUAUAGUGGUGACUUUGGGUGGCAAUUGUCUCAGCUCUUGCGGAAGAAUGCUCCAGCUGUUUUAUUUAUGGACCUAUCCGUGUAACUUCAGAUCAGCAAUGAUAUCACUAAGCUAAGUGAAUCAGAUGAAGAAACCAGGCUACAGCAUGUAUUGCAAUCCGCAAUGUAAGAAUGUAACACUGCACAUAGAAACAAAGUAUUUACUGUUGUGAUAUAGUUUGUACUCUUAUCGGAUGUGAUUUAGAAGAUAUCAACAUUCUUAUGUUGUAAGAAAAAGGGUGAAUAUGGUGUUAGGUUGUAGAGUGGCAGCCAUAGAUCUCAUCUUUCGUCUCUAUACCUAUGCUUUGACAUCGCGUUGUAUGAGAUGAUCAUAUUACGCUUUAUUGUGAGACUAACAUGACUAUAUUCAUGAAGUUAUUUCUUUACUUGCUAUGGAAUUAAUUUUCAUCUAGCUAA